AUGUCGGUGUCGGGGCUGAAGGCCGAACUGAAGUUUUUGGAGUCCAUUUUCGACCCAAACCACGAACGAUUCCGGAUUAUCGACUGGAAGCCUGACGAGCUGAGCUGUCAGUUCAACGUAACCGGGGAAAAGCUGCUGAUUAUCCACUGUAACAUAACGGAGUCGUAUCCAUCUACACCUCCUAUUUGGUUUGUGGACUCUGACGACCCCAGCUUGGCACAAGUGUUGGAGCGUCUGGAGGAUGUGAGAAGAGGCAGCACUUUGCUGUUACAACAGUUAAAGAAGCUGAUUUGUGACCUCUGUCGGCUGUACAACCUUCCCCAGCAUCCAGAUGUGGAGAUGCUGGACCAGCCCCUCCCUGCUGGCCCUGUUGGACAGGACCGAAAGCAUGGGACAGAGGAGGUUACAUCAGAAGAAGAGGAGGAGGAAGAAAUGGGAGAGGACAUAGAAGAUCUGGACCACUAUGAAAUGAAAGAGGAGGAGCCCGUCGAAGGCAAGAAGUCUGAAGACGAUGGCAUCGAGAAGGAGAAUCUGGCUGUCCUGGAGAAGAUCCGGAAGAACCAGAGGCAGGACCACUUGAAUGGAGCUGUUUCUGGUUCUGUGCAAGCCUCAGACCGCCUGAUGAAGGAGCUCCGAGAGAUCUACAGGUCUCAGAGUUACAAGACUGGCAUCUACUCGGUGGAGCUGGUCAACGACAGCUUGUACGAAUGGCACGUCAAAUUACGGACUGUGGAUCCAGACAGCCCCUUACACAGCGACUUACAAGUCCUAAAGGAAAAGGAAGGAAUGGAUUACAUUUUAUUAAACUUCUCUUAUAAAGAUAAUUUCCCAUUUGAUCCUCCAUUCGUGCGGGUUGUGUCGCCUGUGUUGUCUGGGGGUUACGUUCUCGGAGGAGGUGCCCUGUGCAUGGAGCUUCUCACUAAACAGGGUUGGAGCAGUGCCUAUUCAAUUGAGUCUGUUAUCAUGCAGAUCAAUGCCACUUUAGUCAAGGGAAAAGCCAGAGUGCAGUUUGGAGCCAAUAAAAACCAGUACAAUCUAGCCAGAGCACAGCAGUCCUACAAAUCCCUGGUCCAGAUCCACGAAAAGAACGGAUGGUACACACCCCCAAAAGAGGAUGGCUAA